AUGCCCACAAACAGGGUGUCUCGCACUCCCUUACGUGUUCGGUUCCAAAAGGACACAUGGCGUCGCAACCGCCAAGUCUUGUGGAGUGGAGUGCCACACGGACUAGCUCAGGAGUGGGCAGACGAACGAGGCAUGCAAACCCUGACCACAGCGAUGGGUCCCUUGAUGGUAUCAGACCAUCCCUCGUGUUUGAAAUCAAAAAAAUCGCAAAAGUCAUGGAGUAGAUAUAUGAGAGGUGCUUCGGCUGUGUUUGCAUAUCACAUCUCGAAAGGCGAAAAGAUCACAGUGUUAUCCCCACCUCCUCCAACUCGAUUCCACCCAGAUGGCUUGACCAAUUAUCAAGCUCUAGAGGAGCCGGUUCUGAAAGGUGCAAUUAGAGGGUCUGCGGUAUCAUGCAUUGAAAUGGUGCAUCCGACCGUCAAGGGAGCCGAGGAUUUCUGUUAUCAGGUGUGGCCGGCUGAUGACGCCCGUCUCUGGAUUGCAAAUUUCGGGAUGCUGCCUCCAAAGGAACACUGGAGAAGAAUAUCGCCCAAGAAACGAAACCUAAUAGUGAGCCAAACAGAACUCUUUAUCUCAGGGGGGGCCAAUAUGCAAAAUGUGUCAGGGCCAGCAAAGGCCCUGACGGAGAAGCAGAAGAGGGAGAAGAAGGAGGUGGAGAUGAGGAAGAAGGUGGAGAAAAAGAUGGAGGAGAAAAGAAAGAUGGAGGAGAAGAGGAAGCUGAAGGAGAAGAGGAGAAUGGAGGAAAAGAGGAAGAUGGAGGAGAAGAGGAAGCUGAAGGAAAAGAGAAAGCUGGAGGAAGAACGGAAGAUGAAGGAGAAGAGGAAGCUGAAGGAGAAGAGGAAGAUGGAGGAAAAGAGGAAGAUGGAGGAGAAGAGGAAGCUAAAGGAAAAGAGAAAGCUGGAGGAAAAGAGGAAGAUGGAGGAGAAAAGGAAGCUGAAGGAAAAGAGAAAGCUGGAGGAAGAACGGAAGAUGGAGGAGAAGAGGAAGCUGAAGGAAAAGAGAAAGCUGGAGGAAGAACGGAAGAUGGAGCAGAAGAGGAAGAUGGAGGAGAAGAGGAGGAAGAGAUAA